AGGACUCAAUUACCCAGAAUGCUAUUGCACGUCGGCUGUAGAUGACGUCAUCACAUAUACACACACGAGGACUCGUCCGGAGCUGCUGCUGAGUCGAGGCUCCUUUUUUUUCCUCCUUCUGGCGCGUGAAGCCUGACCGGCGGUUUUAGUUCAGUGUAACGGGGUCUGUAUAUAAUAAGGAGACGUUUUACCGGGGGUGACUUUAAUAACGGAGAUUUCAACCGAACGAAGAUAUCUUUGUCUUCCUUCGUCAAAACACACACACAUAUAUAUAAAAGUCUACAUAUUUACGUUAAAGACGAACAGUUUCGGUCCCGCGCGAGCCAAUGGAGCCAGCGCGAGACGCUGCCCCGGAUUCGUGGGAACAGGAGGAUGAGGGCAGCGAGGCCCCGGUCAGCGCGCACACCGGCCUCAACGACUCCUUUAGCGGCCUCAACGUCAACGCCAAGCCCUUCAUCCCGAACGUCAACGCGGCCGAGUUUGUCCCCGGCUUCCUCCAGAAAGCGCCGGCGGAAACCAUCGCCCCUGUAACCGUUCCUGAGAAAAAUGGCCGUAUCGAGGUUUCAGUACCGGCUGCAGCUCCGCCUCUAGAGAACGGCUCCGGAGACGCAGAGACGGCAGCCGAGGACGAGAGCUGGGAGCAGAAAGGCGGAGAGGAAGACUCUCUCCAGGAAGAAGGAAUGGAGGAGGACGAAGAAGCGCCGACGCCAAAAGUGACUCCCGUUCAGCCCGACGCGCCCAAGAAGGAGCACGUCAACGUGGUGUUCAUCGGCCAUGUCGAUGCAGGAAAGUCGACCAUCGGCGGACAGAUCAUGUAUUUAACAGGCAUGGUGGAGAAGCGAACUCUGGAGAAAUACGAAAGGGAGGCUAAGGAGAAGAACAGGGAAACCUGGUACCUCUCUUGGGCUCUUGAUACCAAUCAGGAGGAGAGAGAUAAGGGCAAAACCGUGGAGGUGGGCCGUGCGUAUUUUGAGACGGAGAAGAAGCACUUCACCAUCCUGGACGCGCCGGGACACAAGAGCUUUGUCCCCAACAUGAUCGGGGGUGCGUCUCAAGCCGAUCUGGCCGUGCUGGUGAUUUCAGCACGUAAAGGCGAGUUCGAGACGGGGUUUGAAAAAGGAGGCCAGACGCGAGAGCAUGCCAUGCUGGCCAAAACGGCUGGAGUCAAACACCUGAUCGUCCUCGUCAACAAAAUGGACGACCCCACCGUGAACUGGAGCUUGGAGAGAUACGAGGAGUGUAAGGAGAAACUGGUGCCGUUUCUGAAGAAGGUCGGAUUCAACCCCAGAAAAGACAUUCAUUUCAUGCCGUGUUCAGGACUGACGGGGGCCAACCUGAAGGAACCGGUCGACCACUGCUCCUGGUACACAGGAUUACCGUUCAUUCCACACCUGGACAGUUUGCCAAAUUUCACCAGAUCCAGCGACGGACCAGUCAGAUUACCGAUCGUAGAUAAAUACAAGGACAUGGGCACUGUGAUUUUGGGCAAGUUGGAGUCCGGGUGCAUCAGUAAAGCUCAGCAGCUUGUAAUGAUGCCCAACAGGCAUACUGUGGAGGUGCUGAGCCUGCUUUCCGACGACGUAGAGACGGACGACGCGGGACCAGGUGAGAAUCUGAAGCUACGACUUAAAGGCAUCGAGGAAGAGGAGAUCCUGCCUGGCUUCAUCCUGUGCACUCCAGAGAACCUGUGUCACUCGGGACGCACUUUUGACGCUCAGAUUGUCAUCAUCGAACACAAGUCCAUCAUCUGCCCAGGCUACAACGCCGUCCUGCACAUUCACACCUGCAUCGAGGAAGUGCAGAUUACGGCCUUAAUUUGUUUGGUAGACAAGAAGACGGCUGAGAAGAGCAAGACGCGACCUCGCUUCGUGAAACAGGACCAAGUGUGCAUCGCUCGCCUCCGAACCGCAGGGACCAUCUGCCUUGAGACAUUCAAAGACUUCCCUCAGAUGGGCCGGUUCACCCUGAGGGACGAAGGAAAGACCAUUGCCAUUGGGAAAGUGUUGAAGCUUGUUGCUGAGAAAGACUGAAAAGUUCUGCGUGUGCAAGUGCGUGUGUCGUGGAGAAGCAGAACGUGGAAGCGGAGGUGGGUGUUGCUCCCGAAAGCAACACUUUUCCAGCCUUCCUGCCCUCUCGAAGAACCAGCUCACAAAAGCAAAACAACUCUUACAAGAAAUUGGUUUUUAAUCAAAGAAAAAAGAAAUCAAGUCCACACAUUUGUCAGCUUUCUCAUAUUGAGAGCUCAGCAGUGCCAUUUUUUUAUUUUUUUGGUCACCAGACUUACAGAAGAUGGUUUUUGUUUAUUGUUUGUUUUUUUUUUCCCACAAGAUGAAUACAGUGUGUGGUGAAGACACCGUUAUAAUAAAGACGUGGACCGGACUUCGCUUGUAUAACAGUAUCGUUUGAUACGGUCAAGGCCGAGAAAAAUAACGAAACAUCAGCGUUUCGGUCGUAUCGUCUCCCAUCGCUUAUACACACACUUUGGUUUCUCUUCUCAUGCCGUUCUUGCAGAGCAGCACACGAAUGUGCUCACAUGUUAUUAAAGCAUACUUCUAUAACAAUAAAAAUAUUAAAUUGGGGAAAUUCUAAGAUUG